AUGUUCCUCCAUCUCUUCACGCUGUAUUUCACUUGCCAAGAGCUAGCGGUUCAUAAGAGCGACUUGCACUUUUCGGACAAAUCUGGUGACCACUCUAGCGAGUAUUCUCGGCUUCUACACCUCCAUUUGGCCGAUAAAGACGCUAUUUUGGGCUCAGUUAUGCUCAGACAACUGUCAAUUAAUGCCAUUCCCUCCAUCCUCAAGGCAUUAUUGGAAUUUAAUUUGUUUCAAAUAAACGAAGCUCGUGAGCCACCAUCAAUCGCUGGAUUUACCCUUUCUACUCGUGGAGUUCUUUAUGGAGAACUGGGUUGCUGCUUUUUGUUGUCGCCAAUUUUAGGAACGGUUUAUGAGCUUAUGGCAGUUAUAAUCGGACAAGUCAAGGCAAAAUACAUUAUCGCGAUGUUGGUGCUCUUCUUUCUCCGUCAAUUCUACAUUGUUUACUGUACCUACCUCCUGAAAAAGCAAACUGAAGAUCCCCAGCCAGAAUCCGAAAAAUCUGACAAGGCAAAAUCCAUCACUUCUAUUUGGGAAGAAUUUAAACGCGACUAA